AGUCCUUAGAGAGGAUGAUCCCUUCACUACAGAGCUCGCACAGAGAGCUGAAUACCGAGGGAUACGGGGGAGAAGAGCUGUGAAAAUGGUCUUGUAUACCAACAGGAUGUCACGGUGGUCUACACUCAGGAGGAUACAGACGAAGAAAGAGAAAUGAGCUGCAGGAAGAAGUUGGACCUCAAAGGAAGGAAACUGCAUCACUUCUCAUUCAGCACUAUCUGGAGAUGUAGCGUUGCUUUACAAGAGGUAAAAACACACAAGAAAAUGAGGACAAUAUCUCCUCUGUCRGGUUCUGUUUAACAACUCCGCUCGGCCCGCUGCGCUGCAUAUGACCCCGGUUCUGUUUGUCUGUUCCGAGCAACGAGCCGGCAGCAGGACUGUCUCUGAUAUCGUCUCUUACAAGAUGCUGCUGACACUGACGGGACUAAUCCCAACCAUCCGGAGGGUGGUGGCUAAAACCGGCCUGUCACAACGCUGACAGAGUUUUUUUUUUUUUUUUCUGUAAAGACAGAAAGGAGAAGGAGCUGGUCAGAUUAGAGUCUGAAAUAGUGGUUAUGUUUGUUUGAAACUUCCUCAUAUUCUGAUUCCCAGGAUAAUUAAAUUAUCUGGACACCUGUAACAACAAACCCCGGGGCGGCGAGGAGCUUAACGAAUCGCCUGCUGCGGUUCGCCCUCCGGAGGAGAGCGUUUAGCAGGAGACACUUGAGGAAUGGCUCAGGCUCCGUGACCGGAGGCGGGCUCGCUGGAAUACGCUGCACUGCUGGAGACGACGACGGGAGUAAUCCAGAUAUAUUUCUGCUWCCCAAACAUUUGAGCUUCUGUCUUUAGUGAGCCCGGCCAUGGCCAACAUGGCCCUUCAGCUGCUCGGCUUCUUCUUCGGACUGUGGGGUUUUGCAGGAACCGUACUUGCGACUCUGCUCCCCCACUGGCGCAUCACGGCCUCGGUCAGCUCCAACAUGAUCACAGCCACCGCCGUCAUGAGGGGCCUGUGGAUGGAGUGCAUGUGGAGCAGCACGGGUAUCUACCAGUGUGAGCUGUACAGAUCGCAGCUGGCGCUCCCACCUGACCUGCAGGCCGCCCGCGCUCUCAUGGUGCUUUCCUGCUUCACCUCAGUCCUGACCUCUCUGGUCGCUGUGAUGGGCAUGAAGUGCACCCACUACGCACGAGGUUCUGUCAUCAAGUCCGCCCUGGCGCUGAGCGGCGGGGUGGGUUUCCUCUGCGCCGGCCUCCUCUGCCUCAUCACCGUGUCCUGGACCACCAACGAAGUGGUCAUGGAUUUUUAUGACCCCUUCUUUCCCAUCGGGAUGAGUUACGAGAUCGGACUGGCCGUGUAUCUCGGCUACGCCUCGGCCUGCCUCAGCCUGGUAGGGGGGCUGGUGCUCUGCUGGGGCAGCAGAGAGGACAGGGGGCAGAACCCCGUCCAUCUGAGGAUGAGUCCGCCAUCACCACCUCCUGUCCUUAACAACACAUACGCCUCUGCUCCUCUGGACGAGCGCCCCCAGGCCGUGAAGGACAAUCAUGCUCCAUCGCUUUUCUCCCUUUCGAGCAGCGACUACAGACUCAAUAACUAUGUUUAAACCUGCAGAAACACUAACACAUUAACAGACUUUUCAUGAGCUUAAACAGUCCAUUGAGCACUUUACCAUUUUCUUUACUCGCUUAUAUUUUCUGGGUCUGAGACAGAAGACUCCUCGGACAGGUUGCAGCUUUAUCACAGGGCCCCAGARGCAAAUAAGACAAGCAAUCAUUCACACUCUCACCCAAAUCUAUAUACAGUUUAGAGUUACUAAUUAACCUAACAUAUGCAUGGUUUUGGUCUGUGAGAGGAAACCAAAGUACCAGAGGUGAACAUUUAAACUCCACUCGGCAUAACUGCAAURAAAUCUGAAUGUGUGAGGAAAUGAACUGAAACUGUUGUAAUGCACUUACAUCGCCAGCAGGUGGCAGCAUAUCACUGUAAACUAAAUCUGAAAAAAAAAAAAAAAAUACUGUUUUCUGCUGCUAAAGUCGCGUUAACAGAAGAGUGCUGUCACUUUUUUGUUGUAGCUUUGUUGUUAACUCUCAGGAAAGACGUUUAAGUCCAUUUUUUAAAUAAAUUAAUAGUUUAAGUUUA